GUCGUCGUCGUCGUCGUUUUUAUCGUUGAUGUCAAUGUCCGUGAAUCAUUCGCAAUGUGCGAACGCAAAGAACAAGGAUCAAGAAGAAGAACGUUGCACGACAUCGAACGCGUCAGUGCAAAUCACACGAUUACUCCAAGAAGACGAAGAUUGUUCUCGAUCGAUCAAUAAGUUUUCUGUUUCUGAACAUCGAUCUAGUUGGAUUUUCAAGAACAAUGAAAAAGCAAAAUUUAAAGAAGAUUCUCGAGGAGAAUCGAGAGAUUUAUUUGCGUAUUUUAACGAUUCGAUGAAGAGCAAAGACGAAAGUAAUGAAUCGAAUCAUGAUAUUACUGCAAAACUCGAAACGCUUUUUCGAGUCUCUUGUGAAAACUCGACGGUAUCUUUCGACGGGGAAAAAUAUGAUAACGAUGAAAUUCCCAAAGAGAAUAUUACUUGUCGUUUGGCGUGUCGUUCUGGCGAUGCUAAUGUGCCGGAAAAAAAGAAUAAAUCAAGUCUUAACUUCGAAGAAAAGGAAGAAAAACAAUUGGGAUUAGAGGAAGAACGAUUGAUUGAUACAAGUCCAGUUAUGGUGCCAUAUGAUCCAUCUGAAUGGAAUUCGAAUCACGUAGCGUCAUGGAUUUCAUGGUGCAGCCGAGCAUUUUCGAUAAAACCAUCGCCGACGUCAAAGACUCUUCCAUCGACCGGAAAGGAGUUACUGAAAUUGUCUUUGGAGGAAUGGCAACGUUUUCCAGGUGGUCGAAUUUUGGCGAGGCAUCUCGGUUACUUACGUUUACAGGCGACCGGUGUGUACAGUCUAGCUUUGCUUCAAGAUGAGAAAGUUCACGAAAGGUUCGGCCUCCUACAACGGACUUGCUCGCUGAUUGGAUCGACAGCUGGAACCGGUGGUUCCGGGGCGGUCGGAGGCGGACAGGUUCAACUCUGGCAAUUCCUGCUGGAGCUACUCUCGGAUUCGUCCAAUUCUUCCUGCAUAGCAUGGGAGGGAUCUAAUGGUGAAUUCAAGCUAACUGAUCCGGACGAAGUCGCACGAAGAUGGGGAGAGCGCAAAAGCAAGCCCAAUAUGAAUUAUGAUAAACUUUCGCGGGCGCUCAGGUAUUAUUAUGAUAAAAAUAUUAUGACAAAGGUGCAUGGGAAACGUUACGCGUACAAAUUCGACUUUCAUGGUCUAAUGAUGGCGUGUCAAGCUCAAGCGGGCAUAGCGAUGGAUCCACCUACGUCUUCUCGAGGAACUGGACCGAACUGUCAUACUCAUCACGCGCAUCACGCUCAUCAUCUUUAUUCGAGCGGAGGUGCAACUGCAUCUCAGCAUCAUUCUAUACCUCCGCCUCCGCCACCACCGCCGCCGCCUCCACCACAUUACUGUUGGCCAUAUCAUCGAUAUUCGCCACCGACGUAACGCGAACUUUUAUUCAUCGAAUUUGUGAACAACGUGAAUUUCUACAGAACUUUUUAACGAAUAAAAAGAAACGUGAAUUUAAUCGUUGUUAAGGGAAAUUCUGAAUUCGAUUUGAAAUGAACGCAAAAAUUGCAUUCGCAUUCUCAUGUACAAUUCUUAUGUAUAUUUUGUAAGACACAACUUUCUAUUUAAUAAACUUGUGAUUGAAUCUAUUCAAUAAAUAUAUACGUAUGUAAUAUUAAGGAAUAAUAAAUAAUA